GGUGAUCUGGUCUGGGGAAUCCAAAUGCAAAAAAAAAAAAAUAUUUAGAGAAUAUUGAAUAGGAAAAGUUGCCAAGGGGACACCCUUCGGAAGAAGCGAGGAUGAGUAAAAAAGGAUACCGAGAGUUGAUACGAGACCGAAGAGUAAUUUUUUGAAGAUACAGGAUUAGACGCUGGGGACAAGGUGGAAUUUGUCAUCAAGAAGCAUCGAGGACACCCUCUAGAUCGCAUUUCAAAAAAUCGCCUUCUGGCUCUACUCAAAUCUCUCUCACCCAACCUCAAAAAACCUCUAUUAAUUGAUGAGGGUCCUGGCAGCAUACUGUACCUGCAUGGGAGAAAGAGUUUUGCAGCUUAGUUGGUUCAGUUCCAUGGAGAAAAGUCUUGGAAGCCAAGAAGGUGAUGCCUUUCUAUGAGAAUGUGCUUAAGUGGAAUGAUUCAGCUGUCAAUGAGGCAUUCAACAAAGCAAAGAACCGCUUUUUUGCAAAGAUUAAUGGUAUUCCCUGCAAUUCUUCUCUACCUGACCCAGAUCUCUACAUUGAUAAAAUUGACUGGAACUGUGAUAUUGAUCCAGAGCUGUUGUUGGAUUUAGAACAAGAACCACUACCUUGUGAUGAUGACAAAGAGGGGAAGUCUACGCUUGUUGGUGAUUCUCUCAUUUUCUUAAAUCAGCCAGUUCCAUGCUCUGUAUGGGGUGAUGCAGAGGAAGAUCCAAUUAAAAGGGUUGACUACUCAUCGAAACCAGGAUUGCAAGUUUGUGUUCGUACUGCCAAUAAUGCUGACAAUCCUUGGGAGCGUAAGUGUGCUUGGGGGAACAAUACUUUAGAGAAUAGCACAUGGGGAGACCCUAGUUGUAACUCAUGGGAAAGCAACCAAUGGGAGAGAAAUAACAAUAACUGGGAGAAUCCAGAACCCAGGAAAAAGGCAAGUUGGGGGACAUGGAAUGAGAAUUACAGAAAGAUAGAUGAUGCCAGUCAAUACAAGUCGAGGUAUAAGACAUCAAGGUUUCAAAGAGAUUACUACCUAACAGAUAAUGAGUGGAAGAAUGGUCGAGGUAGGAAGAGGGUAAAUUUAUUUUAUGAGCGCCCGCUAGAGCAUAAAAAGCCUUUGGCUUCACAGCAGUGGAACUCAAUCCAUUAUUGCAGGCCAAUUAGUCAUCGUGGAUCCAGGGAAGCAGGCAAUCCAUGGGGUGGGGAUUUCUUAGAAAUCAAUGACCUUAAUCUACCUAUCCAUGACUGCCAACUUCCAUUCUUCUUGGGUUCUAGGUGAAUCCAGAUCCCUACAAUAGGGGAAGUCCAGAACAUGGAAUGAGAAUCAUGGGAAGAGAUAGUGCGAGUUGAUGCAUUUUGAGGUAUAGGACACAAGGUUUCAAGGAGAUGACUACCAAACAGAUCAUGGGUGGAAGAAUGGUCGAGGUAAGAAGAGGACAGUUUUCUUUUUUGAGCACUAGGUAGGAAGAGGAUAGUGCAAGUUGAUCCAUUUUGAGGUAUAAGGCAUCAAGGUUUCAAGGAGAUGACUACCAAACAGAUCAUGGGCCGAUGAAUGGUCGAGGUAAGAAGAGGACAGUUUUCUUUUUUGAGCACCCGGUGGAUAAAACGCCUUUGGCUUCACAAUGGUGGACUCGAUCCAUAGUUGAGGGCCAAUUCCUCAUCGUGGAUCCAAGGAAGCUGGUAAUCUGUGAAGUUGGGAGAAUUCUGUUUCAUAGUAAUGAAUGACUCUUGAUCUACCUAUCCAUCUGAUUUUUGCUAUGUAACCGAGUUAAAAUACCCACUCCAUUGUGCAAUUCAGCUCACAUUGGAAUGGGAUAAGAUUUUAGCUUCUUAUUUCAAUCUUAUGCUUGUAGUCAGAUUUCUGAGUCAAGUCCCUAUUCCACAAUGAAAGACAUGGGUGUAUGCACACAAUGAAAACAAGCCAUAUUGCUUUUCUUUUUUCCUCAUAAA